AUGACGCUCAAACAAAUCGGCAACUUCUUCGGAACCCCCGGUGUCGGCAUAUACCGCGAUAUCAAAGGUCGCUUACCAUACUACAUCUCUGAUUGGAAAGAUGGUCUCAAUUACAGAGUCAUCCCCAGUACAGUGUACAUGUACUUCACUAACCUCCUGCCGGCAAUUGCUUUCGCCCAGGAUAUGUUUGAUAAGACACACAACGCCUAUGGAGUCAACGAGGUGCUGAUGGCCUCGGCUAUGGGAGGAAUAAUUUUCGGCUUGUUUGCUGGGCAACCUCUAUGUAUUGUGGGAGUCACAGGACCUAUCGCCAUCUUCAACUACACAGUUUAUGAUAUCAUCAAGAACAGAGACACCCCAUAUUUCCCAUUCAUGGCUUGGAUUUGUCUUUGGUCCAUGGUUAUGCAUUGGUUCCUGGCUAUUUUCAAUUUCUCCAACGGUCUGAAGUGGGUCACUCGAUAUUCCUGUGACGCCUUUGGACUGUUCAUCUCAAUCGUCUACCUCCAGAAGGGUAUUCAGAUAUGCACACGACAGUUUUCCGAAGUGGGGGACGCCUCUGGUUACCUCUCUGUCAUCGUGGGCAUGUGUAUCAUGAUCUUUGGAUGCACCACGGUGCUUAUCGGAAACCACUCCACAUUCUUCAAGGGUUGGAUACGAGGAAUUUUUGCCGACUACGGACUGCCCCUUUGUGUCGUAUUCUUCUCUGGGUUCGUACAUUUUGGAACCACCCUAGGUCACACCACUGUUCAGAAGCUGCCUACUACCAAUGCAUUCCAGCCCACCGACGAAAUUAGAAAUGGACCCGGGGGACACGGCUGGUUUAUUCACUUCUGGGACAUCAAGGUAGGCGACGUCUUUUUGGCUAUCCCAUUUGCGAUUCUGCUGACUUUGCUCUUCUAUUUUGACCACAAUGUGUCUUCGUUGAUAUGCCAAGGCUCAGAAUUCCCCCUCAAGAAGCCAGCAUCUUUCCACUGGGAUUUGUUUUUGCUGGGAAUUACUACAGGAGUUGCUGGAAUGCUUGGAAUCCCUGCUCCUAACGGGCUCAUUCCCCAAGCUCCCCUCCACACUACUUCCCUUGUUGUUAAGAAGGAGGUUUAUAUUGACGGAGAAGGACGUACUUAUCCUGUCAACGACGAGACAAAAGAAAUGGCAAAGGACGCGCCUAGUUCAUAUACUCUGCUAACCAUCAACGAAUCCGUUGUCGAACAGCGAGUCUCAAACUUCGCCCAGGGGCUCAUGAUUCUUGGUACUAUGAGUGGUCCUCUACUGGUGGUUCUAGGCCUGGUACCUCAGGGUGUCCUGUCUGGUCUCUUCUGGUGCAUGGGAUUGACAGGAGUGUACAACAAUGGUAUCGUGGCCAAAGUGGUGUUCAUCUGUACUGACGCAAAGUACAUUUCUCAUGAGAACGCUCUGUCACGAGUCAAACCAAGAAACCUGUACCUUUACACCAUUCUGGAGCUGUGUGCAUUUGCUGCAGAGUUCGGUAUUACCCAGUGUAUUGCAGCUGUCGGAUUUCCUGGUGUGCUUCUACUGUUCGUGCUCGUGUCCUACUACAUUCCACGAUUCAUUCCGGAGCCAGACAUGUCCAUUUUGGACCAACCUACUGCCGAGGGAGUGGUCAUGGAAAAUCUCCGAACUAACCGAAAAACGAGUACUGACGACGAAAAACAUUCCGAGGAGGUGUCAACAAAAGAGGUUGAAGGUUGUCCAGCCGUAUAA